GAGGGGCGGACCCUACUGGCGGGGCGGUUGGGAGGCGAAGGGAGAGUCUUUUCAGCGCUGAGGACUGGCGCUGAGGAGGCGGCGGUGGCUCCCGGGGCGUUUGAGCGGGCUCACCCGAGCCCGCGGGCCAACGCGGAUCCAGGCCCUACCGGCGGGACCGCCCCGGACUCCCCGCGGGCCUUCCUAGCCGCCAUGGAGGACGGUGUCUAUGAGCCCCCGGACCUGACUCCAGAGGAGCGGAUGGAGCUGGAGAACAUCCGACGGCGGAAGCAGGAGCUGCUGGUGGAGAUCCAGCGCCUGCGGGAGGAGCUCAGCGAAGCCAUGAGCGAGGUGGAGGGUCUGGAGGCCAAUGAGGGCAGCAAGACAUUGCAACGGAACCGGAAGAUGGCAAUGGGCAGGAAGAAGUUCAACAUGGACCCCAAAAAGGGGAUCCAGUUCUUGGUGGAGAAUGAACUCUUGCAGAACACACCAGAGGAGAUCGCCCGUUUCCUGUACAAGGGCGAGGGCCUGAACAAGACGGCCAUCGGAGACUACCUGGGGGAAAGGGAAGAGCUGAAUCUGGCGGUGCUCCAUGCCUUUGUGGAUCUGCAUGAGUUCACUGACCUCAAUCUGGUGCAGGCCCUCAGGCAAUUUCUCUGGAGUUUCCGCCUCCCUGGAGAGGCACAGAAGAUUGACCGGAUGAUGGAAGCCUUUGCCCAGCGCUACUGCCUGUGCAACCCUGGGGUUUUCCAGUCCACAGACACGUGCUACGUGCUGUCUUUCGCCGUGAUUAUGCUGAACACCAGCCUGCACAACCCCAACGUCCGGGACAAGCCGGGCCUGGAGCGCUUCGUGGCCAUGAACCGGGGCAUCAACGAGGGCGGGGACCUGCCUGAGGAGCUGCUCAGGAACCUCUACGACAGCAUCCGAAAUGAGCCCUUCAAGAUUCCCGAGGAUGAUGGGAACGAUCUGACCCACACCUUCUUCAACCCGGACCGGGAGGGCUGGCUCCUUAAGCUGGGGGGCCGGGUGAAGACGUGGAAGCGGCGCUGGUUUAUCCUCACGGACAACUGCCUCUACUAUUUUGAAUACACAACGGACAAGGAGCCCCGAGGAAUCAUCCCACUGGAGAAUCUGAGCAUCCGCGAGGUGGACGACCCCCGGAAACCAAACUGCUUCGAGCUGUAUAUCCCCAAUAACAAGGGGCAGCUUAUCAAAGCCUGCAAAACAGAGGCAGACGGCCGGGUGGUGGAGGGGAACCACAUGGUGUACCGGAUCUCGGCCCCCACGCAGGAGGAGAAGGACGAGUGGAUCAAGUCCAUCCAGGCAGCUGUGAGUGUGGACCCCUUCUAUGAGAUGUUGGCAGCCAGGAAGAAGCGGAUUUCUGUCAAGAAGAAGCAGGAGCAGCCCUGACCCCCGGCCCCCAACUCCAUUAUUUAUUACGGAGCUGCCCCACCCGGGUGGCCGGCCCACCGGGCCCUGGGGCUGCAGAUCCCGGUCCCCGUUUGGAAGAUUCACCACCUCUAGCUCCUCCCUCGUUAUUUGUAAUUAACACGCUGUUGGUAAUCUUAUUAAUUAUUUAACCACUCGCGGCCUGCAGACCCCCUCAUUUCUUGAGGUUGACGGACCCAGCCAGGCAGCCGCAUCUGUGACCUCGGCCAGGAGCGUGGAUUGUCGGUAGCUCUCAUAGCGCAUGAGGAAAGGGUGCUGUCCGAGCCUGGAGCCCCACGGGGGCCUCUCUGGGACAGCUCACUUCUGGUUUCACUGCUAGCCUGCAGGGAGAGAGUGAAGGGUGAAUAGCGUGGCCAGAGUUAGCAGUGAGUUAGAGCUGCGUGGCCCUGAGGAUGUAGGCAGGUAGAGGUUCCCGGACGAUGUGUAACAUUCAUUCUAGACAUUACUGGACAGCCAGGAGCCAGGCAGAUGCUCGUCCCACCUUUGCCCUCCUGGGCUUGGGGUCUUUGAGGGAGAACUGGAGAGCUGGAAGGACUCUGAAGGGGACCUGCUCUGGCAGGGUGUAGGAUGAAUCUGGAAAGAAGGGAAAAGGCCCAGGUACUGAGUACAGUGAGUGGGAAGGCCUUGCUGAUGGGGCUGGGCAAGAGGUCAGUGCUGUGGAAAAUGGGCUGGGACCAUGUAGAUGGGGCAGGGCUUUGGGGCCAAGAGGACAGGCCUCUGGCCAGUUGAACUGCAUUUCUCAGCCACCAGAGGAUUAUUCUCCUUUGGAGACAUUUCGCACCAAGCAGGGAUAGUGCUGAGAAACUGCAUUUUUACUCCUGCCCCAGGAUUCCGGAGGUCUCCAGAAGUGUAAGGACUGCCUUCUUUAGGGGUGAAAACUUGGGAGGUGUGGUACUCCUGAGCCCCAGAUUCAGGCCUGUCCUCCCUUCCAGCAUGGGGUGUGCAUGAUGUCCCCAAAGAACAAAGGUGCAUGGAUCCCAAGAAGGGUGUUGGGAGACCCUGUGUCUCUCUCCUGUGGCCAGAUCUGUAGCUGAGGAGGCUUUAGUACAAGAAACCACAACUCCAGGCAGGUCCAGGACCAAGACCCCGCUGGAAGGGAAACCUGUGGCCCUGGGACACGCCAGAACCGCAGUUAUUCCUGCCUGCUGUGUUCUCUGUCCCCGAGGGCCAAACCCCUGAUUGCUCCCAGUGGAGUGGGGAGGAUCCCGAAUCUCAGGCCUUGGUCCCAGCCCCACCCUUGGCCACCAAGUCCAUCCGCAGGUGUGAAGGUUCCUUAGCGCUGUAACACUCCCCUCCCUCCUGUGAGACUGCAGACUACAAUUCCGGGUGAGCUGUGGCGUCGGCCACCCCGCUGGCAGGAGAGCCAUUUUGGAGGCCUCCUGGGAGAUGAAGUUUCUCAGGUUUCCCUUAGCCUGAUCCUGCGCCCUUCCACAGGUUGGGAAACAAGGUCCUUGGACCCCUGGGGCUGAUGGAAAGUGGGGUUUCCAAAGGAGGAAAUGGAAUUCCUAACUCCUCCCAAAGUUUCUGUAGAAGUGGAGCCAUCCACCCAAGGUCAGGGGAAAUGAGGUCCCUGUAUCAGUAGAGGGUCCCACCACUAUCUCACCCUGUGUUGCUUUCCAUGGAACAAACCCACAGGUACUGAGUGCCUCCUGUGGGGAAGGAGCUGACCCAGUGGAGAUGCCUGGGAAGGGCAGAGGGGGAACAGCAUGUGUGGAGGCAGGAAAAGGCAUGGUGUACUGGAGUAACACAGCAGUGCCUCUUUGGUGGUGAGGGAGAGGGAGUGGGGGUGACAGGAAAUGAAGGGGACGCCUGGGCCUGAUCAUUUGGGGUGUGGACAGCCAUGCUAGGAUUUUGGAUGUAUUCUUAGCUGAUGGGAAGCCAUCCAAGGGCAUGAAGCAGGAGAGUGAUGUAUUUGGAUUGAGGUUGUAGGCGGGGCCUCUGGCUGCUGCAGGAGAGCGAUCUGAAGGUGAGCAGGGGCUGGGUAAGUUAGGAGGCCGUGCUGUCAUCCUGGUGUAACGGGUGGAGGUGAAGAGACCUGGACCCGCCUGAGUCAUUUUGGAAGAGGAGCCAGCAGGACCUGCUGCGGGCUGGGUCACCUCUGGGAUUCUGGCUCGAGCAACUGGUGACCAGCAAUGUCAUCAACUGAGCUGGCUGAAAAGGGAAUUCAUAGGGGGAGAAAACCAGUGGUCCUGUUUUGGCCAAAUUAAGCUGGAGAUGCCUGUGGAACAUUCAGAUCAGACUCCUGCCACCUCAAAAUUGUCUUUCACUGUUGCCCCCAAUCUGUCCUCUAAGGAUUGAGAAUUCUGGCUUCCAGCCCCAUCCUCUCCCAGGACCCCAUACUCACAACCCCUUUGUUACAGAUUGAAUUGUGUCCCCCCACGAAUCCAUAGAUGGAAAUCCUAACCUGUGGUACCUCAGAAUUUGAUCUUAUUUCAAAAUAGGAUCAUUGCAGAUAUAAUUAGUUAAGAUGAGGUCAUUACUGUGGGCCCUAAUCCAAUUUGAUCAGUGUCCUUAUACAAAGGAACAUUUUGGACACAGAGACAAACAAGGGGAGAACGCCGUGUGACAUGAUCAGGGUGAUGCUUCUACAAGCCAAGGUGCACCCCAGAUGGCCAGCAGCCCACCGGAAGCUGGGAGAUACACCUGGAACAGAAGCUCCCUCACAGCCCUUGGGAGGAACCAACGCUGCCAACACCAAGAUCUUGGACUUCCAGCCUCCAGAACUGUGAGCCAAUAAAUAUCUGUGGUUUAAGCCA